AAGAAUAAGGGUUCACAGUUAAAAUGUAUUGAAAUUAAUAACGAUUUAUAUAUAUGUAUAUUUAUAUGUUAGCAAAGCUGUGCGUGAAGGCUGAUGUUAUUGUCUGUUUGUUUUUUUUUGUUAAAGAAGAUUCAGUAUUAUUUUUGUGUUUACUGUUUUGUCAGUGUUACUCGUUCGUGCCCUCAAGGCCUGCAAUCUGCUGUUUUAUCUCAAUAGAGCUUGAAAAGCUGUAGCUGUUGCAGAAAUGGCCGAUGGUAGUACUUUAACACUUGGAACUGGUCGGAGUCUAGACUUAUCUGCUUUUGACUCCAGACUGGCAGAGACAUCCAAAGAGCAUUUAUUUCUUGGUUCCACAUCACAGGAUAUUGAAGAUGGCAUGCCACAGGUUGAAACCCGGGUUGUAUUGGUUGGGGAAGCUGGCAAUAAUGAUGCACUUCUUAAAGCAUUAGAGGCUGUUAAAGUAAUGGAGGUCCCGGUUGUAAGGAUUAAAGGAGGUGAACCUGGCAGCGAGUCGGGCAAUAAAUUUAUAAAAACUAUAGUGAAUAUGGAAAUUAAAGUUCCCUGUAUUAAAACAUGCAACAUGGAAGAGUUUGGAGAUGGUGAGAACACAGAAUUUGAAACGAUAUUCAUACUUGCUGAUUUUGGGUGUCCGGAGUAUGGGUACUUGUAUAAAAAAGACAACAGAAUUCUUGGACCACCUGUUGUACUCCACUGUGCAGCGAAGGAAGAGCCCCUUCCAUUCUCUUCCCGACCACUCUACUGUACAACAAUGCUGAACUUGGUGUUGUGUUUCACAGGAUUCAGAAAGAAAGAAGAAGUGGUAAAACUUGUUAAUCUGGCUCAUCACAUGGGAGGCACCAUCCGCAGGGAUUUCAGUUCCAAAGUCACUCAUCUUAUUGCGAAUUCCACACAUGGAGAAAAGUUCAGGGUUGCUGUAAGCAUGGGCACACCAAUUUUGAAAACAGAGUGGAUAUAUAAGGCCUGGGAGAAGAGGAAUGAGCCUAAUUUCUGCGCAGCUGCCGAAGAGUUCAGAUUGGAGUACAAAGUACCUCCGUUCCAAGACUGUGUGCUGAGUUUUCUGGGCUUUUCUGAUGAAGAUAAAGCAAGCAUGGAAGACAUGACAGAAAUGCAGGGUAUGGGGUAUUCCUUUUAAUAGGGUUCAGACUUUGACUGUGUGUAAGUUUUAUUACUUGGUCUGUCUAUUUUACAAAAAGUAAUUGAAUUUUCCACAUUGAUUUGUUCAACAAAGUUAUAUGUUGUAAAGCAGGAGUGGUUCUGGGGUAGUAUUCAGAUGGAUGCAAGAGCUGGGGAGUCUAUGUAUUUCUAUGAAAAGGCUGGAAGCCCAACUUUGAAGAAGUCUGUUUCUCUGCUCUCCUUGAACACGCCGAACAGCAACCGAAAGAGACGUCGUCUGCAAGACACUCUUGCGCAGCUAACCAGGGAAACUGACAUUUCUCCGUUCCCACCGCGCAAACGGACAUCUGCUGAACACUCCUUGUCUAUGGGAUCUCUUCUGGACAUUUCCAAUACACCAGAAUCAGGAAAGGCUACUGGAGAAACUCCUAGGUCAAUUGCAAGGCCUUCAAAAAGUUCAACCCCUGUUCCUCAAAAGCAGUCUGCCAGGUGGCAGGUUGCAAAAGAGCUGUACCAGACUGAAAGCAAUUAUGUGGAUAUCCUAACAACAGUGUUACAGUUGUUCAAGGACCCUUUGGAGAAAGAAGGACAACCUGGUGGGCCUAUUCUAGCUGUGGAAGAAAUAAAAACAAUUUUUGGCAGUAUCCCAGAUAUAUUUGAUGUACAUACUAGAAUAAAGGCUGAGCUUGAAGAACUUGUGCUUAACUGGUCCGAGGAUAAGAGUGUUGGUGAAAUUAUUUUAAAAUAUUCAAAAGAAUUGGUGAAGGCUUACCCUCCGUUUGUCAAUUUCUUUGAAAUGAGUAAGGAAACAAUUUCCAAAUGUGAAAAGCAGAAGCCAAGGUUUCAUGCUUUUUUGAAGAUUAACCAGGCUAAACCGGAGUGUGGGCGUCAAACCUUGACUGAGUUACUUAUCCGACCUGUGCAGAGAUUACCCAGCGUUGCUCUCCUACUUACUGAUAUUAGGAAACACACUACAGAGGACAAUCCUGACAAAGUCACUUUAGAAAAGGCUAUUGAAUCGCUCAAAGAAGUUAUGACGCAUAUCAAUGAAGACAAAAGAAAAACGGAAGGACAAAAGCAGAUCUUUGAUGUUGUUUAUGAAGUUGAUAAUUGUCCAGCCAAUCUUCUGUCAUCUCAUCGCAGUCUGGUUCAUAGAGUUGAGACAAUCUCACUGGGGGAUAAGCCUUGUGACCGAGGGGAAAAUGUUACUUUGUUUCUCUUCAAUGACUGUCUGGAGAUUGCAAGGAAGCGUCACAAAGUAAUAUCCACUUUUAGGAGCCCCCAUGGGGGCACACGACCUCAGGCCUCCCUUAAACACAUUACUCUUAUGCCUCUGUCUCAAAUCAGGAAAGUUCUGGACCUCAAGGAAACAGAAGAUUGCCAUAAUGCCUUUGCCCUUGUGGUGCGCCCCCCGACUGAACAGGACAACCUGUUGCUUAGUUUCCAGCUAACGGCAGAGGAUACAUUGAAGGAAGACUGGCUGCGGAUGCUUUGCCGGCAUGUAGCCAACACCAUUUGUAAAGCAGAUGCUGAGAACUUAAUCCAGCGAACCGAUCCUGACACCCUGCAAGUAAACACAAAAGAUAUGGACAGCAGCACACUGAGCCGUGCAUCAAGGGCAAUCAAAAAGACAUCCAAGAAGGUCACAAGAGCUUUCUCCUUCACCAAAACUCCAAAGCGAGUAAUACAGAGGGCAUUCCUGGCGAACAGUACCCCUGAUAGUCCUACUUCCGGCACUGGGAAUUACUUGGGUGGUCGCCUGGCAAGCACAUCAUCUUUGGCUAGAGUCCAGUCACCUUCAUUGGUCAGCCUGCCAGCCAUGUUUGAAAGGAAGUAUCACACUUUCAGUCGAUCAACUACCCAUCUGAUAUGAUUAUUGGAGACGAUGUUAUAGAACCUAUUAUGAAUUAACUGUAUUCCCCUAAUUAUCCUGAAUAAUAUGGUACUGGGCUAAUUCUAAUUAUUUUUGUAACAUCAGUUUAAUAAUUAACAAUAAUGUUUUAGGCAGUUUAUUUGACUUGGUUUAAGAGAUUUGAAGGAUUUCUCCUGUACUGUUUGUCUUUUCCUGUUAUUGGACUCUAAACUGACACAUUUAUACGGAGCAUAACAUGUCCACUGGUUAAGGCUUGCAAAAAGAAUAGUAUUUAGUAAUCUUUGAAUUUAUGAAUAGAAUACACGUCAAGUCAAUCCAAUGCAGAAUAAGAUUUUUUUUUCAACUUUACCAUCUUACAAUGAUAAGUUCACAAAAGAAUGUAUACAUAAUAUUUUCAGCUUUUAUAAAGCUUUUGAAUUAUAUAUAAAAAUUGUCUUUUUAGUCUAUAGAUCAGUAUAAAAGCAUGGUUGACUUUACAAUGUACUAAUAUGAAGAAAGUGAGGGGACCCAUUCUAAUGUGUUGUUCAGUUGUCACUGAUUUAUUUUUGUAUUAUCCUGGUUGCAUAUAGAACAUAAAUAGGAAACAGUUGUGCUUUGUAUAUGUUUUUCCCAGACUUUCUGUAUGAGUAAACUGAUAAUUGAUCUAUUUAUCUGUAAAUUUGCACUGCCCCUCGUGUCAUACCUGUAGUUGGCGUUUUUGUUUUAUGGCAUAGAUUUUGUGUAGACUUAAGGCACUUUCUUAUGUUUGUUUAGCCACAUUUUUAAAUACUGUAGUGCUUUGUAUUUACAAUAGGGAGUGUUUACAACAUAUUCUAUGUAUUGUUCUGGCUUUUGUCAGUUUUCUAAGCAAAAAAAAAAAAAAAAAACAACUUAAUGGACCGUAAAGGCUAAUCCUUUCAGUCUAUUGUGCACAAUCCCUUUCUGUUACAGUUGAAAGUGAUAUUAACUGAAUGUUUCU